AUGGGAAAAUGGAGAUAUGGUGUUAUCCUGGACGCGGGCUCGUCUGGGACCCGAGUCCAUAUCUAUCGAUGGCUCAAUAAUUCCAAGGCCCGCCAAGGGGGAAAUCCGCAAGAGUUGAAAUCCUUGCCCAAGAUCAGGACCAAGGAGGACUGGACUAAAAAGAUUCACCCUGGUAUAUCGACCUUUGCCGACACCCCCGAACAAGUCGGCCCUGAUCAUCUCGACGAGCUCUUGCAGCAUGCCCUUGAUAUCGUACCGGAAACCGCUGUCAAAGACACGCCCGUCUUCCUCUUGGCCACGGCUGGUAUGCGCUUGUUGAGCGAUGCCCAGCGCGGUCAAAUUCUCAACCAAGUCUGUUCUUUUUUCCGGGAGAACUCCGAUUUCCUCCUCCCUGAGUGCGAUGUUCAUGUCCAGGUUAUUCCAGGAGAAACAGAAGGUCUAUAUGGCUGGAUUGCCGCCAAUUAUCUACUAGGGAGUUUUGAUUCUCCCGAAGAGCAUGCUCACGGAAAAGGCCAUCACACAUAUGGCUUCUUGGAUAUGGGUGGCGCGUCCGCCCAAAUCGCCUUUGUUCCGAAUGCUACCGAGGCCGAAAAGCAUGCCAAUGACCUGAAACUAUUGCGCCUGCGCAAUAUCGACGGAUCUAGCCAAGAUUACCAACUUUUCGUUACCUCGUGGUUGGAAUUCGGCGUUCGCGAAGCCCGCCGCCGCUACAUUGAGGCUCUUCAGGAAUCGGUGUCCUUGGCCAAGGUUACUGAAAUUCCCGAUCCCUGUCUUCCCAAUCGUCUCCGCACCGCAAUGGAUGGCCAACCUCUUAUUGAUGAUACGCCAUCUACUCCUUAUUUGAUAGGCACGGGACGUUUUGACGAGUGCUUACGGCAAACUUUCCCGCUGCUUGACAAAGAUGCGCCUUGCGCUGACGAGCCGUGUCUUUUGAAUGGAGUCCAUGUCCCCGCCAUUGACUUUGAUGUGAACCAUUUUGUUGGCAUUAGCGAAUACUGGCACACAACUCACGAAAUCUUUGAAAUGGGCCACAAAGACAAGGCUUACGACUUCAAUACGUAUCAACACCGAGUUGAUGCUUUUUGCUCCCAAGAAUGGGCCGCUAUCGAGCAAGGUCUGGCAGAAGAACGAUGGGGCUCCAAGGUCGAUAGCGAGAAAGCAUACCAGGUUUGCUUCAAGGCAUCUUGGCUUAUCAACGUUCUCCACGGAGGCAUUGGUAUUCCUCGGGUUGGUAUCGAGGACACACCUAGUUCUAGCCACAACGGGACCAAGGAAGUCAUCCAACAUGGCAAAGAGCAAGGAUAUGUCCACCCGUUCCAAGCCGUCAAUAAAAUCGACUCAACCGAAGUUAGCUGGACCCUCGGCAAGGUGAUCCUCUAUGCUGCCUCACAGGUCCCCACUAUUGAGGAAAAUGCCCUUCCAGUUGGCUUUGGAAGCAACCAACCCGGUAUUCCGAAGGAUUUCCAAUAUCCUAGCGUCGAACUCGUGCCAGGACCCGGCCCGUCAGUAGAGGAAAGUGACAGUUGGCACGAUGCUCUCUUUGGCGGAGAAUCACCACGGCGUAUCCCUGGUGUCUUAUUAUUCGUGCUUAUCAUCGUCAUCGUUCUUUUCUUCUUGUGCGGCCGCGGCCGCCGCUUACGGAUUUAUCAUAAACUGCAAACUUUCUUCAAGCGGGGAGGUCCUCGAUCUCGCAGGAAAUUUGUUGGAUCGAAAAUUCCAUUCAUUGGAAGAAACUCUCUUGCUUACGAACGCGUCCUCGAAGAUGGCGGGCCUGAAUUUGAGCUCUCCGGUGCCGACACCGACAGCGAGGAUGAUGCACACAAUAUAACUAGUCCUAUUGGAUACAGCCCCCCUCACUCCAAACGCCACUCUCUUAAGAGUUCCGGUUCGGCACUCGCCUCGCAGACACCAGGCUUGAAGUUCGAGCUCGGUAAUAUAUCUAGCACCAGUAUCGGACUGGGUAUUGCGCCGUCUUCAAAUGCGCUCGACCGACAAGGGUUGGUCAUCAGAACCGAGAGUAGGGAGCACCUGGUCGCCACUGCUACAACUGGUAGUCGGUCUCGAACCGUCAGUCCGACAAGAUCGUACCGCAAGUCUCCCAUGUUGCAGCCAGAGCAAGAUGCGAUCGAUUUCACCGACAAUGACCUCUCCUCGCUCUCGAAUUUCCCUUUCUUCCCUCGCUUACGGACGCUGUUGCUUGCGCGCAACCGAGUGAACCACAUCCAGCCUACUCUGGCUACGUCAAUACCGAAUCUGGAGACACUGGUGCUCACGGCAAAUAACAUGUCCGAGUUGGCGGAUCUCGACCCGUUGCAGAAUUUCGCCAGGCUUACGCAUGUGGUAUUAAUGGAAAACCCGGUUACGCGGAAAGAGAACUAUCGAUACUGGGUCAUCUGGCGUAACCCUCACAUCCGCUUCCUCGAUUACCAAAAGGUCAAGGACAUUGAACGUGCCAAGGCGACUGAACUUUUCGGCUCGUUUGAAGAACCGACGGAGCUAGCAUCGAAGAUUAUGGGCGCCAAGUCGCGAACUUUUGAUGUGCCGUCUACAGGCGCUGCCGCUCCUGGACGAGGCGCAGGUGACAGGGCUAUCCGAGUCAAGUUGACGGAUAAGGAGCGAAAGCGUGUCGAAAAGAUGAUUCGCGAAGCCAAGAGCCUACAAGAAAUCGCCCGUCUGGAGAAAGAGCUCAACGAGGGGCGUGUCCCAGCCGGAGCUCUGGAUGGGUUAGACGACGAAGACGAAGACCGAAUGGAGAUGUAA